AGUGUCGCCAUGACGGUCGUGGUGGAUGGAUGUGGGUGGUGUUAGUGCUCUUGCCCCUUCAUCCAGCGAGGUCACCAGGGCAGUAUCGUUGCUUUGACCUGACCGUGACCCCUGGAGAUUAGUGCUUGGAGUGUGUGUUGCUGGCGACCCCUGCAGCAGCAGCAGCAGCUGGAAGUGGUGGUGGUGAGCACCACCCCACACGCCAAUGCCCCCCGGGGUUGCCGCCACCUCUGCCGCCCGGCCAUGGCAGGAGGAGUGGUGGCCUCCAGCAGGGAGCAGCGCCCCGGCCAGGAGUUGGGAGUGUGAGAGUGGGUGAGGCCCCAUGGAGGGUGAUCAGAGCCCCGGCAGCUCUGCUGUCUCCCAGGACACUUAUUUAUUGAUAGGAGGGGGCCCUCCCCCGCAGCAGGGGCGGCCCCGCAGUGUGCCGCGGGGCUGCCGACCAUGGCGGCUGUGGCACCGUGCCUCGCUGUGCCUGGCGGGGCCACGCAAGGCAUCCUGGCGGCGCCGAGUGGUGGUGCUGGCUGUGCUGGUGGCUGUGCUGCUGCUGCUGCUCUACUCCCUCGGAGAGUCUUCACACCGCACCAUCAUGAGCUUUGUUGUGUGUUCCAGCAUGGUGCGUGGCCGUCCCCCCGAGGCCGCCUUCCGCUGCAACAACCCCGCCAACGCCACCAGCCAGCUGCCCCACCCCCAUGCCCCCCCUCGCCCCACCCAGAGCAGGCUACGAGAGGACCCCAAGGUGCUUCUGUUUACGGAGACCCAGUACUCCAGGACAGGCCAGGCCAUCAUUCAUAUCCUGGUGGCCAAUAGGAUUAAGUACAAGAUGGAGGUGCUUGGGAAGUCACUGCCAGGCCUCACCAACCUGUCCAAGGGGAAAUAUGGAGUGGUGGUGUUUGAGAACUUUGAGCGCUACCUCCAAAUUGACCCCUGGAACCGAGAACUGCUGGACAAAUACCUCAGGGACUAUGGCGUGGGUCUGGUUGGGUUCAUGCCGGCCAGGGAGGAGACGCAGGUUGGAGCAAAACUAAGGGGCUUUCCUCUCUACAUUCACUCCAAUCUUGGCCUUGAGAACGUGAGCCUGAAUAGUGACAACCCAGUGCUGCGGCUGACUAGGGCGGGUGGGACACUGCAGGAGGAGCUGCCGGGCACGGACUGGACUGUCUUCACCCCCGCUGACACCACUUACACACCCCUGGAGUGGGCCGCCCCCAGCCUGCCACACUUCUCAGAGGAACACCUCAUCCUGGCCAUCCUGGACAAAGGAGACUACGAUGGCAUAUCCCGGGUGCUGUUUGGCGGGAACCUUGAUUUCUGGCUGCACCGACUCCUAUUCCUGGAUGCCGUGUCUUACCUGAGUCUGGGUCGCAUCUCCCUCUCCCUAGAGCGAUACAUUCUGGUGGACAUUGAUGACAUUUUUGUAGCCAAGAAGGGUGUGCGCAUGACUCCUGAUGAUGUUAAGGCCCUGCUAGACUCACAGAAUCGCCUGAGAGAGUUGGUACCAGAUUGGCGUUUUAACCUGGGCUUUAGUGGGAAGUAUUACCAGAACGGCUACCCUGAGGAGAAUGCAGGGGACAGGAUGCUGCUGGAGCACGUGGAUGAGUUUUCGUGGUUUGGACACAUGUGGGGCCACACACAGCCUCACACUCUCACUCAGGACAAGCUGGAAUACCAAAUGCAACUCAACAAGCAGUUUGCCCUGGCACACAACAUUCCCACUGACUCAGGUUACAGCAUUGCCCCCCAUCACUCCGGCGUGUAUCCUGUCCACGAGCCGCUCUAUGACGCCUGGAAGAAGGUGUGGAAUGUGCGUGUCACGUCCUCAGAGGAAUACCCGCACCUCAACCCUGCUCGACUCAGACGGGGCUUCAUUCACCGCAAUAUUAUGGUACUUCCGAGACAAACUUGUGGCCUCUUCACUCACACCAUCUUUAUUGACAAGUACCCGGGGGGACGCCAAGCUCUGGACACCAGCAUACAUGGCGGGCAGCUCUUCCUCACCAUCGUGUACAACCCUAUCAGCAUCUUCAUGACACACCUGAGUAACUAUGGCAACGACCGCCUUGCUCUGUACACCUUUGAGUCAGUCAUCAAGUUUAUCAAGUGCUGGACAAACCUCAGCUUGCGUACAGUGCCUCCCCUGCAGCUUGGCGAAAAGUACUUCCACCUCUUCCCAAAUGAGAGGGAUCCAAUAUGGGGGUAUCCAUGUGCAGACCGGCGCCACAUGCAGAUCUGGGCCAAGGAAAAGUCGUGUGAUCAGCUGCCAAAGUUCCUGGUGAUUGGCCCACAGAAGACCGGCACCACAGCACUGUACACCUUCCUAGCCAUGCACCCUGCCAUUGUCGCCAACUACCCCUCAGCGGACACAUUUGAGGAAGUGCAGUUCUUCAAUGGCAAGAACUACUACAAGGGCAUUGAUUGGUACAUGAGUUUCUUCCCAGUGCCGGCCAACUCUUCCAGCAGGUUCCUGUUUGAGAAGAGUGCCACUUACUGAGGGGAGAUGGUGCCGCAGCGUGUGAAGGCCCUGCUGCCACAUUCCAAACUGGUUGUGACAGUGAUUCCUCCCAGCAAGCGCGCCUACUCCUGGUACCACCACAUGCGUGCCCACAACGACCCCACAGCCCUGCAGUAUUCCUUCCACCAGGUGAUAACAGCACAUGACGGCGACCCCCGGCCACUCAGGAGUCUUAGGAACAAGUGUCUGGUGCCGGGGAUGUACGCCAAGCACCUGGAGCGUUGGCUGGACCACUUCCCCGCCUCCCAGCUCAUCCUCAUUGACGGGGAGGAGCUGCGCAGUGACCCAGUCUAUGUCAUGAAUGAGCUGCAGCGUUUCCUUGGCAUCCAGCCUUUCUAUAACUACACUGAGCAUUUGAGGUACGACAAGAGGAAAGGCUUCUUCUGCCAGGUGACUGAGGAGGACAAGACCAAGUGCCUGGGUAGAGGGAAGGGCAGAAUCUAUCCCCCCAUGAAUGAGUCGGAUGCUAAACUAUUGAAGGAAUACUACCAGCCUUACAAUGUUGCCCUGGAGAAACUGCUCACCCGGCUCGACUACCCAGUGCCCCGGUGGCUGGAGGAGGAGCUGCAGUGACCCAGUGACCGCCUUCACCCAAAGCCACCCACAGGUCACUCAAGACUCACCUCAAACUCUCACCUCACAAAUGAACUCCAACAACACAACAUUGAGAGGAAAACUGGAUAUCAG